AUGGGAUUGGUUUCGAUAUGGGCAGCCGAAGAAACCAGCGGGGAAAAACCAAAUGAUUCCAAGGAAAAGUUAGAGAAGAAGUUGGAUAGUAAAUGGAACAAACCUAUAACACUGACAUCGAAAUUAGAGAGUCAAUGGGCAAGCAGUGGUGACGGCCAAAAAGACAAUAGUAGGGCACAUGUGGGAGGAGGUAGACAGGAGAAGAGCUCUUUCAAUCAUGGUGGUGGUGGUAGAUCUCAUGUCAAAAGGACUGGUGGUAGACCCCACGAAACAAACUUUCAUCAAGAUAAGGACCAUCGCAAACGACAUCCAAACAAACGAGGUAACAAGCACACUAUACAUGAGAAGCCUGCCACGGACCAGGAAGUGCACCAAGCUCCAGGGGUUAGGCAUGUAGAGGAGUCUGAUGUAGAAACAGUUGUUUCUGAUAAAUUGUACGCCAAGGGUCCUACGACUAAAGCUGCGCAAUCUUUGGCUUCUAGGAUUACAAUUGACCCUAGAAGAGAAGAAGCAGAUGCAGAUGAUGCUACUGUUUGGGAAGAGGAAGAGGUGGAAGAGCAAACGCAACAGCGCUUUAAACAAAAACCCACGCGGGGUAAGUCAUUGGCAGAAAGAUUGGACAGUAUGAGUUUCAAAGAUGCUAAACACAAAAUACCAGAAGCAAGUUCACCUAGAGCAAAGAAUCGAAAGAGCACGAAUAAAGAUAUACGGAAGCAACCGGCCAAUCUACUGACGAGAGGAAGUGGGCACUUUUCCAAAAAGCUGGAUUCCAUAGAUGAGCAAGCAGCCAAGGAGAAAGAAGAGAAGGAGAAACAAGAGUUGCUCAAGAUGCUCGAAGAGUUUGAAAGCAAGAAAAUAGACUGGGCGAGUUUAGAAGACUAG